GACUCUCUCUCCGGACUCUCUCCGCGGGCUGGAGUCUCUCUCUGUGGGGAGUGCAGUGGAGGAGAGGCGAGGACACGCUCGUGCUCAUCAAAACACUUUUACCUGUUUUCCGCGGGAUUAAAGUAGCACCCGAAGCAGCGAGCUCCUCCACAGCAAUGCGCCGGAGCCCUCAGUGAAACCCAUCUCGGUGAAGAGGCUUUACGCUGGCCGGAGCGAAGGAUUCGGCGGAUCUGGAGAGACUGACGGUCUGCUGCUGGAGAACAUGACGAGCGAUGUGGUGAUCGUGAAGGAGGGAUGGCUCCACAAGCGAGGAGAGUACAUAAAGACCUGGAGGCCGCGCUAUUUCCUGCUGAAGAGUGACGGUACGUUUAUCGGAUAUAAGGAGCGACCGCAGGACGUGGAUCAGCUGGAGUCGCCGUUAAACAACUUCUCUGUGGCACAGUGUCAGCUGAUGAAGACGGAGCGACCCAAACCAAACACAUUCAUCAUACGCUGCCUGCAGUGGACCACUGUCAUAGAGCGCACCUUCCACGUGGAGAGCCCCGAGGAGCGAGAGGAAUGGACCAAAGCCAUCCAGACGGUGUCCGACAGUCUUCAGAAACAAGAGGAAGAGCUGAUGGACGCGUCUCCUGACCACAUGGACAUGGAGAUGUUCCUGACCAAACCUCGGCUCAAAGUGACCAUGCACGACUUCGAAUACCUCAAACUGCUGGGAAAAGGCACUUUUGGGAAGGUGAUUCUGGUGAAGGAGAAGGCAACGGGAAAAUAUUACGCCAUGAAAAUCCUGAAGAAAGAAGUGAUUGUUGCCAAAGAUGAAGUGGCUCACACACUCACAGAGAACCGUGUGCUGCAGAACUCCAAACACCCCUUCCUCACGGCUCUGAAGUACUCUUUCCAAACCCACGACCGCUUGUGUUUCGUCAUGGAGUACGCCAACGGAGGAGAGCUCUUCUUCCACUUGUCUCGCGAUCGGGUUUUCUCGGAGGAUCGCGCGCGCUUCUACGGAGCAGAGAUCGUGUCUGCGCUGGAUUACCUGCAUUCAGAGAGAAACGUGGUGUACAGAGACCUGAAGCUGGAGAACCUGAUGCUGGAUAAAGACGGACACAUAAAGAUCACGGACUUCGGCUUGUGUAAGGAGGGAAUCACAGACGGAGCCACGAUGAAGACCUUCUGUGGGACUCCAGAGUAUCUGGCUCCUGAGGUGCUGGAGGACAAUGAUUACGGUCGUGCGGUGGACUGGUGGGGUUUAGGAGUGGUGAUGUAUGAGAUGAUGUGCGGUCGUCUGCCGUUCUAUAACCAGGAUCACGAGCGUCUGUUUGAGCUCAUCCUGAUGGAGGACAUCCGCUUCCCCCGAACCCUCGCACCCGACGCCAAAUCCCUGCUGUCCGGCCUGCUCAAGAAAGACCCCCAACAACGGUUAGGUGGCGGCACGGAUGAUGCAAAAGAAAUCAUGCAGCACAAAUUCUUCACUGGAAUUGUGUGGCAAGAUGUUUAUGAGAAGAGGCUGGUUCCUCCGUUCAAACCGCAGGUGAGCUCAGAAACAGACACCAGAUAUUUCGACGAGGAGUUCACAGGACAGACCAUCACCAUCACGCCGCCGGGACAAGAUGACAGUAUGGAGUCGUUCGACAGCGAGAGGAGGCCACACUUCCCACAGUUUUCCUACUCGGCCAGCGGAACGGCCUAAAGCUUCCCGAUCUCCGAACUUCAGCAAGAAGAUCCCCAACCUCACAGACACCGCACAACUGCUCUGAGAUCAGACGUCCACUUUACUGUGUUUACCACGUCUGGAUCUGUGAUGUCUGUCCGUUGCUUCAGUGGCCUUUGAUUUCUGAGGAUGUGAGAGGGAACACUAACAUUUCCAUCCAAAACGCCAAAUCAAGAACUUCUUUAAUCGGGAGCGAGUGUCGUAUUAAAACUAAUGUCGUGCCAAAUAUUACUGUAUUUACGUUCACUGACCAAUUGAAACGUGCUAAACAAACUGCAGCUUUUACUAAAUAUGCAUAUCUAGAAUAUAAUUCUGCUAUAUUUGCAAUUUUACACAUGAUUUCUCGACUGAAGCGUGUUUUUUGACCCCCAAAGUGGUUUAGUUUGAAUUUGCUAUCGAAUGUGCAGUACAGUCGAAAUGAAGAUAAAUUAUAUUUUGUGAUUAUUAAAAUGACUCAAUUCCACUAAACUAGAAAUUAACCCCCACCAGUAGAUUAUAGGAGAGAAACCGGUCUAGAACAUUUUCUGAAUCCGUAUUUCAGUCGAAAAAAUUAAAAUAAGCAAAUCUAUUUUGCUGUAAGAAAAUAAAGCCUGUUUUUAGACAAUAAAAGUUUGGUUUGCAAGAAUAAUGAGGGUUAAAAAAAUCCAAUGCAUGUAUAAGAAUGAGAGUUUAAGAAAUUAAAUUAAAUUAAAUUAAAUUAAAUUAAAUUAAAUUAAAUUAGAAUUAGAAUUAGAAUUAGAAUAGAAUUUAGAGUUUUAAUGUGUCACCAUGAGAAUUCCUAAUUUAUUUAUAUGAUGCAUUUUUAUAAAACUGAGUCAUUACAGUUUCUGUUAGUGAAAACAAUGAAUUAUAUUUUAUUUUAUUAUUAUUUUUAAUUUUUGCAUGUGACCUUUCUAUUUUUGGCAUCGAAUAAAUUAUUUUACCUUUUAAAUAUAAGCAAAAAAAAUAUUCUCAAUUCCGACUUUUAUUCUGGUAAUUUAAGAACAAAAGAUAUAAACUCAGAAUUGCAAGUAAAAGUCAGAAUUGUGAGAUUAAAUGUUGCACUGUCAUUUAUUCUGUAGAUGAUUCCACGGUGAAAAAUAAUAAACAGAAAGAAUUACGAGAAAGAAACUUAUUUAGAAAAUCCAAGAAUAAAUAUUGGAAUUGUAAGACAAAGUUGCAAUUAACUUUUUUUUAUUUCUAUUAUUUUUUUAAUUCCAUUGUCAACAAUCUUCCAUAUAAAAUCCAUUAAUACAUGUAUAUAAUCGAGGAUGGCCACCGGGGCAUGUUGUCACAAAAUGCAUAAAGUCAAAAAUUUAUUUUUAAAAAUAAAUGCAUCCUGACUGACCAAACAUCCUGUUUUAAAUAUGCAGAAAACCCCCUGCUGGUCCAUAUUCAGAUUUCAUUUGUCUUCUCUUCGAUGUUUUUGGUGUCUGAUACUAUGAGUCUAAUGGAGAGUUUUUGGGAGGUUUUUCACACGUUGCACGACCUCAGCGAGGUACUUCAGUGAGUCCAAGCCACCAUCGAGGUUUGUUUGUUAGAAAGGACUUUGUUUUUGAGCUCCGAUGCGUUCGUUAUUUAUAAAUCAACAGCUAGAAAUAAGAGUUUUGAAGGUAAUUUAAAGCAACAUCGGUGUAAAUACCAUGCAAUGGUUGUGAUUUAAUCAGCACAACCACAAAUAUGAUCUUUGUACAGAUGUGAGAAUCUGUUGGCGGGUUAUUAUUAUUAUUAUUAUUAUUAUUAUUAUUAUUGUUUUGAAAUGCUCUGAUUGUUGAUAUGAUGUUUAAUAACCACCAUACACAUACACGAAUGUAAAGACAUUUCCUCUCUUUUCAACAUUAUUCUCUUAUUUUAUAUGCAAAACUAUUUUUAUUUUCUAUUUUUAGAUCUGAUUUUUUAUAUGAAUAAUGCUCUUUCAUACUCUCCUCUUUUUUUAAACGGGAAGAUAUUUGACUUUUGUUGUCUUUUUGAACACGUGACCUAAAGAACAUCAGCUUUAUGAUAUAAAUAUUAGUGUAUUUGUAUACGCUCUUCAGCUGUUUUUAUCUUUUAGACUUGUUGUUCUUUUUUUACAUUGAAUUGAUCAAAUAAAGUUUCCUUUUUUAAGUUCAA